CAACCUACGUAGAAUAUAUGCAUGUUCGUAGGUUAGCCAACAAAACGUUCACUACGUAAAACGUAUUUAUAUUGGCCUAGAAAUCACUAGUAAUAUAUUCACAAGUGUUUGUAUUAUUGUUCUAAAAAGAAUCAAGUUGUUAACUUUCCAGAAAUCCCUUAACAAAGAGCUAGGGAUACUCAAGUCCCAAGAAGCAGUGAACAAGAUGCUUGAAACGACCAAACAUAAGGGUCGCAAAGGACUUGGGUUUGACCUCUCUAGUUCCAAAAGGAAAGGGAAGACAACUUUCAUCCCUCCUAAACCUACUGCCAAACCUAAUAAGCAGAAAGGGAAGGAAAAGGAGAAACCAACAGAAGUUCCCAAAAAGGAAGCCGCUAAGUACCCAGGUGUCUGGUACUUAGACAGUGGCUGCUCAAGACACAUGACGGGUGAUGCGAGCCUUUUGAGCAAUCUAAUUCCCUAUGAUGGUCCAAGAGUUACUUUUGGAGGAAGCAACGAUUUUGGCCUUACUAAAGGGCUAGGAAAUCUGGUGUACAAGGGACUAACCAUCCAAACUGUAUCUUAUGUUGAAGGACUCAAUUAUAACCUUCUUAGCAUAAGUCAGUUUUGUGAUAAAGGUUACUCCUUGGAAUUCUGCAAGGACAUGGCAUCUCUCAAGAACAUCUCCACAAAUGAAGUCAUUCUCACGAGGAAGAGAAUCAGAAACAUUUAUGAAGUGAUAUGGAACGAUGUCAAGGAAGCAUGUGUAAUCAGCAAAGGUGACACUAACCUUCUAUGGCUUUGGCAUAAGAGGUUGAGUCAUCUCAACUUCAAAACUCUCAACAAGCUAUCCAAAGAAGGGUUAGUAGAAGGCCUUCCAAAAGCUGUAUUCAUGAAGGAAAGCAUUUGUGAUGCGUGCCAGAAAGCAAAUCAAAUCUACUUUCAAGGCAAAACCGGCACCCUUAACUACAAGGAUAUUAAGUCUUAUCCACCAAUAAGUCUAAGUGGAAAGAAAUAUGUCCUGAUGCAUGAUCAUGAGGUUCUGGAUCUAUCUGACAAGGAUGAAGAAGUCAAUGAAGGAGAUAGAAUGAAGCCUACGGAAUUCAUUCCAUUCAGAAGUCUACCACUGAAGACUUCACAGAGAAAUCCGGAUUCAAACAGUGCUGAGCCUACCGGAAAUCUUGGCCAGCCUUCCAAUAUUCCGGAUCACUCAAACGGCGACAAUUCUGGAAAUGGCGACCCAGUGCCAAUCCAUCCGGAAACACCAACUUCUGUUCUUCAACCAGAAGCUGAACUAGAUCAACCAGUCAAUCCUAAUCAACACAAUCUUCGUUGGUUAAGGGAUCAUCCUCCCCAACAAGUCAUUGGAGAUAUUCAAUCUGGCGUUCGCACAACAAGUGCUCAGCAAAAUCUAGAAACUAUGCUUGCUUGUUUCAUCUCACAAAUGGAACCAAAGAAUAUUGAAGAAGCUCUAGCUGAUUCUGAUUGGAUCAAUGCAAUGCAAGAAGAACUCAACCAAUUUUCCAGAAAUAACUCAUCAACAUAUCUUCUCACUAAAAUUUCCGAGAAAAUGAAGAUUGUUGGCGCUAAUAUCCAUUUCCAGAAGUUGGAAGCCAAGUGCUCCUCAUCAACGUUCUAUCAAUCCUAUCUGGAGAUGAUUGCUGCUCAAGAGCUCUCCAAAUUUCUUCAUAUGGAGAUUCGAUUCAACCAAGAAUCUGGAUUGGAGCAUUAUUGGAAUUUCUGGGCAAAAUCCCUCUGCCCAGCGAAGAAAGCUCAUCUGAACAACGACUACAAGCUAGUCCUUGAACUGGUCAUCGCAUGCCUCGAAUGUGGAACUGGAGGACAUGCUGAUGACAUCACCCAAGAGAGGGCCUUCAUCAUCAAUGCCCUCAUUACCAAGUCUAAGAAAUACCUUUGUCAAGGUCUGUACAUUAGACAUAUCUUGGGGUCCUUGGGUGCUGCUUCUGAAGGAAAGAAGUAUGAAGCCAGAUAUUGGCUGUACUAUCUGUCUUCCAAAGGGGAAAACAGAGCUGGUGCUAGCACAACUGCUGAGGAAAGUUCUUCAGACAAUGUCCUUAUCAUGAGUCUGAACAAAUCAGUAAAGAGGAAGCAAGUGGUGUAUCCCUCUCCCAGUGCUGAAGCACCACAGAAUCUUGCUCCAAUCAAUCUUGAAGAAGAAGAAGAAUUCUCUGACCAAGGAGAACUACAAAGGAAAAAGAAGAGGAAGAUCACCUCUCCCUCAACAUCUGGACAUGUCAAUCCGGAUGAGUUGAAGGAGAAGGAACCAACUGAGGAAACCUCUGCUCACAACCGGAGUCCUCAACAACUUGAAGAAGAAAUUCCUCAAGCACAGAAUUCUCCAACUUCCUCACAACCUCAAGUAGAUGAUGCUGAGAAUCAAUUCUGGCAGCUCUACUAUUACUGGAGAGUUUGGAAAGUUGGAAAUUCAGCAGAACAGUUGCUGAGUUGGGACCAGCAAUUGAAGAAUGAGAACAUCAUCAAGAAAUGCUUAGGUGUGCCAGUCAACUAUUGCUGUGAGCAAAUCCUGGAUGUUGACUGGGUAUGGCAAAGGAACUAUGAAGAUUUGCAUCUGGAACACAUGGUCACCUCACCAAUUUCAGAGUUUGAAGUGGAUGAUGAGGAUCCUGCAGUAUACAAACCAGUCCUCUCAAAAAUCACAGAAGAUCAGGUGGUUCUCACUUCUGAAGCACAGGCUAACUUGGAAACAACAGCUGAGGAUUUCCAAAUAUUUCCGGAAGCCUCAUCUGCCUUUGAAACUGUUCCACCUGAAGCUGAAGUCUCUACUCCACAAAAACAGAACCAGGAAGGAUCAAAUGAAGAAUUCCAGCAGCUUCUCCAUUCUGAAGUUUUAGAGAUUCUCACAAAUCCUUCUCAAGAAGAGCAAGCUGUAGAAGCCCAGAGAAGCUCUGCAGAAGCUGAGAAGGAAACUCAAAUGGCAGAACUGGAGGCCUCCAAAUCUCCAGUAGCCAUUUUUGAAGGACAGAAUGAAGCUGAAGAAAGAGACUCCCUCUCUCGGGAUAUAUCAAAUUUCACACUUGGGGAAGCAGAAGAAGAAUCUGAAAGGACCCUGAAAAUCAAUAAUGAAGAAGAUGUACAAGAUGAUGCUGAAUCUCUUCCUAUGCAACUCUUCCAAAGAACUCUCUCUUCUCAUCAGGUAACCAACUUCCAUUUCCAUAGCUCUUCCAUUCCUACUCUUCUGGAUGAGGUACCGGAAAUAUGGACAAAGAAGGUCCAAGGGCUGAUUGACUCAGCCCUAGCAUCUCAACAUGCCUCCUUUAGGCAAGAGAUAGAGCAGAUGGAAGCCAGGCACAACAAACUGAUUGAGAAAUCCGAAGAAACACACUGCUCCAAUCUCAAGGAGAUAAGCAAAUCAGUGGAUAAAACUCUAGAGAUCUUAUCUCUAUUGAGUAACAAUGUGAGCAACACGAUGGAGACAUAUGCAUCUAUGGAAGUGGUUCUUAAACAACACAGUCCAUCCUUGAUUCCAGAGCUCCCGAUUGCAGUCAAAGAAGGAGAAGUCUCUUACAUUCCUACGCAUCUAAACCUGAAUGAUAUAGUCCUUGAAGCUCAGAGAAGCAAUCCGGAAAACUCAACACAGCGCUUAUCCAGAUCCGGAUUGGAUGGAACAGAGGCUGUAGGAACAAUUGCUGCUCACUUCUCAAAUGAAAAUCAAACAGAGGAGAGACGGAACAACAUAAGGCGCAUCAAAGAACUAUGUGGAAACAUGCAAGGCAUCAGGGAGAUUGCCGAAUCUUCAAAGCGCAAGAAGCACUGAAGGUUUUUUUCAUCAAAUCAGGGGGAAAGUAUGUGAAAACAUUAAUUUGCUUUGAUGAAAACACCUUCUUGUUUAAACAUUGCUCUAUUGGUUUAAACAUUGCCUUAAUAUUUCUCUUAAUUGUGCUCACUAUGCUUGAUUAUACCUAAUUCAAGUAUGUUUUUGAGAUUUAUUCCAAGCGCAUACAUUCAGGGGG